CCGAGCUGCGAUCACGUGCGGCCGCAUUAUCGGCGGCUUUUUCGGGCUGCAUUUUGCGUCGGUGACAUCACCAGCGGACCAACGCCUGCCGCACGCGCCCGACAGUCGACCCGUCCUCCCUCUUGCCAAAAUGCAUCGCACCGCCCUCCAGCGCACCCUGCGCACAGUGCCCGCCCGCCGCAGCUUCGUCUCCACGGUCCUCCUCACCAAGUCAUGGGAGUCCGAGACCGUCAACGAGCUCAAGAAGGAGGCCAAGAGACGCGGCCUCUCCCUGCAGGGCAACAAGGCCACCCUCGUCACCCGCCUCCGGCAGGAUGACCAGCACAAGUCCGUCACCCCCGGCCCCGCCGUCUCUGCCAACGUCCCCAAGCAGGUUCGCCACGCAUCUACGGCAGAGGUGCCAGGCAUCCCGUCCACCUCCCAACCACCCCCGAUGCCCAAGGAAUUUCCGAGGGAGUUCUUGAGAGUCGCGCUCCCAGACGUCUCGCAGCCAGACCCUGAGACACCUGUACAAAUCCCCUUGCUCCCAGACCUCUGGGGCGCCUCCGCCUCCGCUCCCAAGGCUCAGCCUUCUACGGACUCCGGGGCGCUUGCACCGAAGAUGGUCGCCGUAGCAGGCUCCGCCACCCACCACGGCGGCGGUCCAACGCACAGCCUGUCCUCUGACGAAGCCUACGUGGAGGAGGAUACAACCCCCGCAAAGUCCGAGAACAAGAGCAUCUGGCGAGACAUAGUGGAUGACCUGAACCUCCCUACGUCAUUCAAGCCUUCCAAGGUCGCCGACCAGGCCUUCGACGUAGCCGCGAAGACGGAGACCUCUGGAGAGAAGUCGCAUUCCCGGACUCUAGACUCAGAUGAGGUUCGCGGCCUUUGGGUGUUGCUAGGUCUGCUUGCGGGCUCGUGGGUGGCUGCCGGGGCCUUCCAGCCAACAUCUGUGUACGCGCAGAAGACCGAGGAGGUGGUAGAGAAUACAGCGGAGACGGCGACGGGUGGACACUGAGGUUGUAGCGGGUUGUUCAUCAGGGUCUGCAUGUCCCUAGAACCGUAGCCUCUGAAUGUAUCCUUUUGCAUUCUCUCUGUCCUUCAUUUUGUCUGGACCCCAAUGCCCUCACCAAAAUGAAUUUGACUUCACAUUUGAAGUCCCCCGCCAAGUCGGCAUCACAUGACC